CGAACCAUGAACGAACCUCCUUUCAGCCGAAACACGACUUUGUGUAUUUUUUAUCCCGUGCGAACUUCUUUUCAUCUUCAGACAGAUAGUGACUGCUUGUUCGCUCUCCCCUUGUCCAUACCAUUACCUCCUUGCGGCUGGACUCUGUGUAAACUAUUUCUCGGCUGCAUUUGCAUGAGCGGUGCUAGAUCUACGACUGCUUAGUCAAUUUCGAACUUCGAAGCGGAACGGAACCCCUUCCAAAACACGCAAGCCUAUCUUCUUUGUAUCCUUCGAGGAAAAUCAGAAUGCCGCCUCUGUAUCCGGGGCAGGAUAUCCUGCGGCGAUGCUUUGCUGGGGCACAAGAAACACCAGCACCAGUGCUGGAAACAUGCUCACAGCCGUCCCGCUACCAAGCACGCCCAGACCUAUAUUCAGCAGCUUUCUCGACUGUCGAUGACGCCAAGGGCAAGGCGCAUAAGCUGAGCGCGGAAGCCGCUAGAGAGUUCGAGAAAGCCAGCGCCGCCGCUCAAGCGAAGGCCGGCAAGGUCGAGCUAUACACGGGCAAAUACUAUGCUGCCUGCACUUUUGGCGGACUGUUAGCUUGCGGCCUCACGCAUACUUGGGUGACACCCCUGGACCUUGUCAAGACUCGGCGCCAGGUCGAUUCCACGCUGUACACGAGCAACGUCCAGGCGUGGUCCAAGAUCUACCGCGCCGAGGGCGUCCGCGGCAUCUUCACCGGCUGGGGCCCGACCGCCCUUGGAUACUCGGCGCAAGGGGCGUGCAAGUACGGCUUCUACGAGUUCUUCAAGAAGCAAUACUCGGACUUGGCGGGCCCGGAAAACGCGGUCAAGUACCGCACAGUGCUGUACCUGACCGCCUCCGCCUCGGCCGAGUUUCUGGCCGACAUCGCCCUCUGUCCCUUCGAGGCCGUCAAGGUCCGCAUGCAAGGGUCUAUGCCAUCCCCGUUCGCCGGCGCCAUCGACGGCAUCCGGAAGGUCACGGCCAAAGAAGGCGUCGCUGGCCUGUACAAGGGAAUCUACCCGUUGUGGGCCCGUCAGAUCCCUUACACCAUGAUGAAGUUCGCCUCGUUCGAGACCAUGGUCGAAAUGAUUUACGCCCGCAUGCCCGGGAAGAAGGAAGACUACGGCAAGGCCGCCCAGACCGGCGUCUCUUUCACGGCCGGAUACCUCGCUGGUAUUCUCUGCGCUGCCGUCUCCCACCCGGCCGACGUCAUGGUCAGCAAGCUUAAUGCCUACCGCAACCCCGGUGAGGCCUUUGGCGGUGCCAUGGGACGUAUCUACAAGGACAUUGGUUUCAGCGGGCUCUGGAACGGUUUGCCGGUUCGCAUCGUCAUGAUCGGUACCUUGACCGGUCUCCAGUGGAUGAUUUACGAUUACUUCAAGAUCUUCAUGGGCCUCCCAACGACCGGAGGCACAUCCCAGGUAGCAGAUAAGAAAGAAUAAGUAGAUUCGGACGAAGAAUCAGACGGAGCUAGAUAUUGUUAAGAUUAGCGAAUGGAUGAGACUGCUCCGAUUUUCUUUCCUCCUAUUGAUCUUUAAUGUACGCCUUUCAACUCGCUUGGUGUCCAAUUUCUCUAGCGAUAAAAACUGAACCUAUUAUAUAUC